ACUGCAGUUUCGUAUUAAUCAUUUUACGAAAACAUUUUGUUUUAGAAAAACAAUUACUGCAAUUCUCCAAAUGUUGCCAUGGGGCAGGGAGACCAUUUGCAGAUGUAUAGCCAGUCGCAUGCUGUUCUACAAAUGUUGCCAUGAGGCUGAGGAAAUGUUACUGUUUUAAAGAUUGGCAGGUCAUUCCGUCUGGUUGGCUGCGCAGCUGCGUUGCAGCAGUGAUCAUUCUGAACACAGCGGUAAAAUUCGAAUCGUGCCCGCGUGAGGGAGGUUGAAGAACAGAACAUUAGCUAUCUCGGAAACACUCAGUCAACUACGUGUUGAUAACUUUAGCAAUAUGAGUCAUUGUGAGCUUGAGGAUAUAACCCUGCACUUGAAUGACAGGAUUUCAUCCACAAGACGUGUCUUGGAGCUGCGGACAAUUGCAAAAGAUCAAGACAAGCGGGUCAUUCUAGGGAAGAUAGGACAAGAUAUCCUUGCAAUAGAUGGACUCCUUGACCAGUUUGAGAAAUGUGUUGGCCGCCAAAAAGACCUACUGAAGCAUUUAAAGGAACUAGAGGGAUUCUUUGAGGAGGAUGUGCAGGAUGGAAAGAACCUUAGGGACAACAUGCCCACACACAUGCCCAGGAAGGGACAGCCAGCAGUCCAUGGAAAAGGGUCUGCGGGUCAGAGUGGACCUGUGAAUGUGCAGGCAGUCCAGCAGGUUCACACCAGGAAAACCUCCAAAAACCAGAUCAGAGAGAUGGAAUUCAUCACCAGCCCAGAGUUUGAUACCAUCCCUCAGUACAUGAAAGGCCGUUUGACAUAUGAACAGCUAAACACUGCUGUGGAAAGCAUUAACACAGCCGUAACAGGGAAGUACAAGAUCUUGAACCAGCCAGCAAAAACCCUUAAUAAUGCCACACGCAAGCUUCAUCAACGAUUUAAGGAGGAAGAGAACAAGGACACAAAAGGUCUGUUUUUCAUUGUAGAGGCUGAUAUUAAAGAGUUCACUCAGAUGAAGGUGGACAAGCGCUUCCAGAGCAUCCUCAGCAUGCUGCGUCACUGCCAGCGUCUGCGAGAACAGCGAGGGGGAGGCAUCACACGCUACGUCCUGCUGUGAAAGGAGCAGAGAUGGAGAAAGGGGGGUUGUCACUGAGCUUGAUCUGAAUAUAUUGAUUUGUCCUCUGUCUCUAGCAUGAUCGGCUACAACAUCUGUCAUAUUGACCUAGGGAGGGGUGAAAAUACAACAAAUAAUUAUAUUGAGAAUAGUGGUUGUGGCUCAAAACGUAUAUGUACCUAGUGAAGAAUAAUUGUUUGGGGUGGGUGGAGGUUAGUAUUUGAACGUAGUUUCAUUCAUGCAACUUAUUUUUAAAUUCAAAGUGUGUAUUAACUAAUUUGAAUUGUAUCAUCAAUGUGAUUAUCAAUGUGACUUUGUCCAUAACAACCAUGUUUUAUAUAGGUAGAAAGGCAAUAAAUAUAUUUAAAAAAAAUAA